AUGCAAAAUACAAGUCAAAUUGAGUUGACAAGUACCAUGAAGGAGGAAACAAUUCAAACAUCGAUCAAACAGGAGGAUGGAGAAAGCAUGUUAUUGGAUAGGAAAAAGAAGUUGAAAAUGAAAAUAUUCACAUUCUUGGCAAGUUACAAAUUCAUGAUGAUUUGUUAUUUUCUAUUGACAUUUGGCGUCAUCUUAUUAUGGAUAAUUUUGGGAGCUGUGGAAGAAACCAUGUAUCAAUCCAAUCCCUCAUCACCCAAAAUCAUGAUUCCAGACACUGGGUUCUUUAACUUUUCACAUGGCUGUGCAUUGAGCACAAAUUUUGUAAUCCUUUUGGCAUGUGUUUUUGUAAUGUUUUUCAUAUUGGAAUUUGUUUCCAUUAUUCUUGCAAUGAUCUCAGAUAAGGAUACAUGGAAUAUCAAGAGAGAUACUGUCAUACUUUUGGUGAUUCAACUUGUUGGAAUUAUUUCAUUUGGAGUAAUGACAGGAAUCGAUGUCAUUUCAUCAUUGGUUGAUUAUUUUCUACCUUUUGGAUAUACCCUGACAGUUUAUUCAUUGUGUGAAGUUUUGAUUUAUACGUUUGGACCUGCUGUGUAUGGAGCAGUUUCUCAAUAUUUAAAUUCAAAGAAAACGAAUCAAACCGAAACUCAAGUUGAAGAAAAAUCAGAAGUUGAAUUAAUUUUACUGAAUAGAAAAUAUUUUGAGAUUGUUUUGGAUUUUGCGAGACGUUCUUUCUGUGUGGAAAGUGUUUCGUCUUGGAAAGAUAUUCAGAAAUUUAAGGAAAUUUUCAAGAAACGUUCAGUUGACCAACAAGUUGUGAAAAAUCAUGCGAGAAAGAUUGUUGAGAAUUAUUUAACGAUUGGUUCACCUUUCGAAUUGAAUAUUCCUUAUAUUCAACAGAAGAAUGUAGAAUAUUCGAAACUUAUCGAAGAAAGUGAAAGUUUGGAUUUGAAUUUCUUUGAAAAAUUGGAAAAUCACUGUUUAUUGGACAUGUCUGAUUUAUUCGAAAGAUUGAAAUCUUCCAAUAAGGAGAUUAGUCAAGCAAUGCAAUCAAUGAGAAUGAAAAAUGCUAAAGAAUAG